CUCUAUAAAAUGCCAAUGCCCGCCUCCAGUUGCUUUUUCCUUCUCCCACCUUCAGACAGAAUUGAUCAUGGCAACAGCUGGUAAGGUCAUCAAAUGCAAGGCGGCCGUAGCCUGGGAGCCGGCCAAACCCCUGAGCAUCGAGGAGAUCGAGGUGGCACCACCAGAGGCCCAUGAAGUUCGCAUAAAGGUCAUCGCUACGGGGGUCUGUCACACUGACCUGUACUUCCUGUAUGAAGGUGGACCAAAAGGGGGAUUCCCAGCAGUUCUGGGACAUGAAGGUGCUGGCAUCGUGGAGAGCGUUGGACCGGGAGUCACCAAAUUCAAACCUGGUGACCAUGUCAUCCCUCUUUUUGUUUCCCAGUGUGGAGAAUGCAAGUUCUGCGUGAACCCCAAAACCAACCUAUGUGAGAAGAGCUGGUCUGACGAGCGAUACGACGUCAUGUCUGACCCCAUCACCCGCUUCUCCUGCAAGGGCAAGCCCAUCCUUCAGUUCAUGGGGACAAGCACUUUCUCCGAGUACACCGUCGUCCAGGAGAUCGCCGUCACCAAGAUCAGCGACGCAGCUCCUCUUGAUAAAGUCUGCCUGUUGGGUUGUGGCAUUUCUACUGGAUACGGAGCUGCCCUCAACACGGCCAAGGUUGAACCAGGCUCUACCUGUGCCGUGUUUGGCCUUGGUGCCGUGGGCCUGGCGGCCGUCAUGGGCUGCAAGGUGGCAGGGGCAUCUCGGAUCAUUGCAGUUGACGUCAACAAGGACAAGUUCAACAUAGCAAAGGUUUUUGGAGCGACGGAGUUUGUCAACCCCAAGGAUUACGACAAGCCCAUCCAGCAGGUGCUGAGUGAGAUGACCAAUGGAGGGGUGGACUUCUCCUUUGAGUGUGUCGGCAACGUUCAGGUUAUGAGAAAUGCCCUUGAAUCGUGUCACAAAGGCUGGGGGACGGGGAUCAUUGUGGGCUGGACGGAUGUGGCAGAUGUUUCCACAAGACCCCUACAACUCAUCGCUGGCCGCACCUGGAAGGGGACGUUUUUUGGAGGGUGGAAAAGUGUGGAGAGCGUCCCUAAGCUGGUCUUAGACUACAUGGCAAAGAAGAUCAAGCUGGAUGAGUUCAUCACACACAACCUCACCUUGGACAAAAUCAACGAGGCCUUCACCCUGAUGACUGCUGGGAAAAGCAUUCGCACAGUGGUGAAGAUGUAGAAGCCACAGCCCGACGAGGAGCAGCUCCCGCCCCGGUGGACAUGCCUGGUGGCUUCUGCUCCUGCCUGAAGAUCUGACUUUUUAAAAGUCAGAAAUGAGAAAAGAAAAUCUCGAAAGGCCUGGCUGUGUGUCGUGCAUCUCAGUCGUGAAAUAAACUGGCUGCUUCCCACA